CCUCACUGCGCAGGCCCGGGCGCUGGCGCCGGCGUGGUCCCCAUGGAGCCUCUGUAGCGGUGCUCUAGCCUCCAGCGAGUGGGAGAGUCAGGAAUGAGCGCAGCGGAGGCCGACCACUGGGCGUGGCUGCUGGUGCUCAGCUUUGUGUUUGGAUGCAAUGUCCUCAGGAUCCUCCUCCCGUCCUUCUCCUCCUUCAUGUCCAGGGUGCUGCAGAAGGAUGCGGAGCAGGAGUCUCAGAUGAGAGCAGAGAUCCAGGACAUGAAGCAGGAGCUAUCCACCGUCAACAUGAUGGACGAGUUCGCCAGAUACGCCAGGCUGGAAAGGAAGAUCAACAAGAUGACAGAUAAGCUCAAAACUCACGUGAAAUCACGGACAGCUCAGCUGGCCAAGAUCAAGUGGGUUAUGAGUGUUGCCUUCUAUAUACUGCAAGCUGCCCUGAUGGUCUCCCUCAUCUGGAAGUAUUACUCUGUGCCUGUGGCCGUGGUGCCGAGUAAAUGGAUAACUCCGCUGGACCGCCUGGUGGCAUUUCCCACUAGAGUCGCAGAGCGGGGCUUUGGCCUCAGCCUCGCGAGGCUUGCGGCGAAGGAAGUGGAGACCUAAGAGGGGCCACUUGUCUGGUGACACCGGAAUGUUCAGUGGCGGAGCCAGAGUCAUCCCCGAUCUGCUUCUGGAGUCUUAGCCCAGUGCCUGCAGGCUGGUAGCCCGUUCAGUCAAACCCCACGAGGGUCCCCAGAUUCUGUGGCCUCUGGUCCGUUCCUGUGCGAGGUGAGGGCAUUCAUGGCUCUCGGCCUCCAGUGUUGAAAGAUAUAGUUUCUUUUGGAUGGUAAAAGUAGUACGUGUCACUGUAGAGUGACUACAAAUAUAUAAGACCAAUAAAAAAAUAAUUUUUUUCUGUUUCUUUUUAUACAGGGGUAGGCAAAAGUAGGCUUACAGUUGUGAGUAUGUAAAGCACAGUUUAUUCUUGUGUUAUUAUUUAUUCUUGUAUUACAUAUUUCUCCACAUGAACAACUGUACUUUUGGCCACUCCUGUGUAGUUACAGUUGUCCAAUUUUUUUGUCCCUUUUUACUUUAUAUUGUAAGCCUUCCAUUGGUACAAUAUUGUAUUGUAUCAGUACACCUCUAUUUAUUAAGAAAUUUUGAAUAGUUGUUCUUUGUUUGGAUGUGUCAUGAUUUACUGAUUUCCCUGUGACAGAAUAUUUAUUUAGAUCCUGAUUUUUUCUCCCAAGAGUAAUGCUGCUGCACACGUCCUUGUCGGGCAGCCUCUGGCUGUGAUCUGUGAUCACGCUGGAGGUGAAUUACCGCAGUACAAGGAACGACUGUUUCAGAGAUCCCCGAUGCAGCCACGCCCUCUCCCCUCCUCCCACUCCGCUUACUCACCGCUCAACCUCCAGGCAGUGCCGGGGGCAGGAGGCCACGCUCCCGGGCAGCCAGCAGGCCACUAGCCAUUCUCGCAGCCUGUCUUCCUGUCUCAUUGACCAGUGGGACAGGAACAGUGUGGGGAAACAGGCUUCAUUUAUAAAGCCUUUUGGAGAAAGGAAAAGAAAUAGCCUCACAGAGGGGUCUCACAGUCUGUUGAUAUCAUAAGUAAUAAAGCAUGUUUCUCAGGCAGGGAGGAGGCAUUCAAACCAGUGCUCAUUGUUCUGAGUAAUUCCUGAGUAGUGAAGGCAGCCCCCUGAAUCAAUAGGAAGUGGGAUGAAUGAACCCACCAAAUACAAACGUGGUCUUAGCCCAGCACUGCUCAAAGAUAAGGGAGCUCCUCUCACUUCCUCUAAGUUACAGGCAGCGCAGGCCGGGAGUGUGGGCAGAACUCCUGGUGUGCUUUCUGAUGUCGGAUU